AUGUCACUGUUCGCAAACGUUCUUGGCUUCGCAACUUUCGGUCUCGCUGCGAGGUUUGGCCAGCUCGCUCUUCAACAACGGAACCUCUUCUCCAACCCAGGCGGACAUGCGAUAGCAAUGGGUGUCUUUGGUUAUGCAGGGUACUGGGCAUACCAUUGGGACCAAAAGGCGGUUGAAAUUAUCGCAGACUCGAGGCGACAAAUCGAAGAACGGCGACGGAAAACCCUUGCAAAUGUCGAAGCCGCUGCUGCCAGGCAAUUGGACGAAACUCAAUAA